AGGCCGGCAGAUAUCAAAUUGAAUUAUGCCAUGAAUAUAUUCGGCAACUCAUAUAUGAUACUGAAGCGUUUAAUGAGUUGGGCAAAAUGAGAGAAUAUAUGCCAUUAAUGUUUAUAGAUAAUGAAGAUGAGUUCACAGAAACAAUUAUCAACACGCUUGCGCGGCAAUGCGUUGAAGAUGGAAAAUUCAAAGCUGCGCGUAGCCUUUAUGAAUUGACACAGAAUUUUGAAGAAAUUAUUGUGUUGCUUAACAAGAUGCUUGCGGAAUACAUAUGGAUUUCUAUUCGGGGUGUUGUUAUGCAGCCAGAGACCGCGAAGGAAUUGGACCCUCAAGAGAUUGGUCGUAUUUUGAAAGAAUAUGAACAUAUAGGUAUUAGAAAAAUAUCGCAGAAUCGUUUGAAGGAUUCUCGCACAUUGUUAAAUUUAGUCGAUUUUGUUGAGUUAUACAAGCAGCAAGAUUUUGUAAGAGCAGUAGCUAUUAUUCAACAAAUCGAUCUUUUUCCUUUCGAAGAUGAUAUUAUCGUUAUUCAACAGAAAGCCA